UUACCAUCAUCAUGUCAUCCAUGUAUUAUUUGGCCCUACACAUUCAAAAAUAAUAAAAAUGUGUUGUGUUGCUGGCUGGUUAUAGGGAUCUUUAAGACUAAGGACACAAAAUCUUAUAAAACUGUCGAAAGGCUCCAUGUAGUUCUUGAACGGUUUUUAAAGGGUAUGGGAGAGAAAGCUGUAAUUCAUUUUGACCUCUAUCUUUUGAGAGAAGAAACUCAUUCCCUAAAUACAAUGUCUGCCAAAAUAUAGUUUAGCGUUUUACCUCAGUCAUUUUUCUAUUCUGCCUAAAAGUAAUCGGUAUAAAGUAAGAACAUAUAGUUCCCACAAUGCUUUUUGGUAUCAGAAAAUACCUGGUGAUCAGUUAUGUGUAUUAGUCACACCUCUAUUUAAACCAGUCAAAACAGAACAAUAUACAGUGAUUCAGGCACCAAACAAACAAUUUGACAGUAUAUAGAGUGAGAACCACAAGAGCAACAGGCAAAAAGAGUGUGCAAGUGUGUGAGAGAAUUUAUGAGAGACAGCAAAGUGUGAGUGUUGUGAGGGAAAGAAUCGGAGGGAGGGGGAGAGAGGGAGCGAAAGAGAGAAAGGAGGUUUUCAGUAGGCAGGGUUUGGCAAUAGCCACAGGAGGUCCAGGUCUUAUAAGAGAAGGCCAGUGCAUAAGCUAUCACACACACACUCUGGAGAACCUACCUACCUACUGUCACCGGUCAUCACAAGUACCUAGGCACACCGGCAGCACUAAUCCAUGGGGAAACAGAAUAUAGACAAGCUGACGCGGACCUUCCAGAUCCGUAACCUGCUGUUGCGUCAGGCUUUGGCUGAAUGCCUGGGCACCCUCAUCCUAGUGAUGUUCGGUUGUGGCGCGGUGGCUCAACUGGUGCUCAGCAGAGGGUCCCAUGGCAGCUUUCUCUCCGUCAACUUUGCUUUUGGUUUAGCUGCUACCCUGGGCAUCCUGGUUUGUGGCCAGGUAUCAGGAGGCCAUCUUAACCCUGCAGUGACCUUUGCCCUCUGCUUACUUGGAAGAGAACGCUGGAGAAAGUUUCUGGUGUACUUUGCGGCCCAGACAGUGGGCGCUUUCCUGGGCUCCGCGAUCAUCUUCGGCCUGUACUAUGGUGCCCUAUGGAACCAUGCCGGGGAGCUCCUGGUUGAGGGUGAAAACGCCACGGCCGGCAUCUUUGCUACCUACCCUGGCAGUCAUCUCACGCUGGUCAACGGCUUCUUCGAUCAGAUGAUUGGCACCACAGCGUUGAUCGGGUGUAUCUUGGCCAUUGUGGACCCCUACAACAACCCCAUCCCUCAGGGUCUGGAGGCUUUCACGGUGGGCUUCGUUGUGCUGGUCAUCGGCCAGUCUAUGGGCUUCAAUUCUGGCUACGCCGUCAAUCCUGCCAGGGACUUGGGGCCCCGUCUCUUCACAGCCAUUGCGGGCUGGGGCGGGGAAGUAUUCACGUGAGUCACCCCCGAAUCCUUCACACCUCUCCAAAGUAUUUUAGUUCCCUCUUCAAGUCUUCACACCC